CUAAUAGAAGACUCUAUAUAUAGAAGAGAUAUACAAGGAGAGGAUUCGUCAUUAGUUAAGUACAUGUAGAUUAAGAAACAGGAAGCGAGAUCAGCUGACCCCAAUAGAUGUGGUUGUAUAUUUUGAUUCCGUCAUCAUUAAAUAGAUAAUUUAUUUCCUCGUCUGAACCUAAAGAAGCAAGCUGGGAGCAUAAUUUGUUUGAAUUGAAAAAAAUGCAAUUCUCCUCGUUGAUUAUCAUAUCUUUAGCAACAUUUCUCGAAGGUUGUCGCAAGUCCGGAGAUUCAUCAUCAUCAACAGAUUGUUGUCCCGAUUAUUAUCUCAGAAAUGGAGUUUGCGUAGAUUGCCCAGCUGGAAAGUUUGGACCAAGUUGUCAGUUUGACUACCCGAAGUAUGGACGACGAUGUCUUGGAGGAUUCUGUAACUGUUCUAUAGAGGCGUGUGAUCCGGCAACUGGAUGCAGAGAAAUAACAACUGCUGAACUGAUAACAAGUCAUGAAGCAAUGACAUCACACACCUCAUCACCAAGGAAAGUGGAGACAACAGCAAGGACUUUUAAAUCUACCAUAGACGAAAAGGAUGUCCAGUCAUCGACAAACGGUAUGAGAAGUGAAAGAAACAGAUCGGAGUAUUCUGUAACAGGCAACAUUAAAAUGGACUCAGAAAUUAUCAAAGACGCACAGAAGUCCAACGAAGAUUCCGAAGACAUUUCACUCAACAUCAUAAUCAUGUCUGUCAUCGGCGGAUUAGUCAUACUACUGCUCAUUAUUGUGAUCAUUGUACUGAUAAGAGGAAAAAGGAAAGUGAAAGUUGAAAAACGAGAUUCUGUAGAGAACAGUAGAGGCCAUGUUAAUACCUACUGCGAAAUAAACGAUUUAAGGCUUCCAUCAACGUCACAGGGCUGCAGAAGAAGUGAUAUAGGAAAAUAUGAACUUAUUGACCAGUCCGAGGAGAACAUGAAAAGAUAUUCCUCACUUCCAACAAAUAGCAGAUCAGAGCAUAAAAGAAAAAGUGACGCAGGAAAGUAUGAAUUUAUUAAGACGUCAGAUAAGGAAAGAACGAAAUAUUCUACAUUACCCUCUAAACCCAUGACUGCCACAAACAGAGAUAGUUAUAUAACUCCGGUGUCUUCCGCAAUUCAAUCUACAGAUGCCCCGGGAGAAGACCUACCAGUUCUUAACGACACGAAUCAGGGAGCUUCAGUAUCCCCUGUAAUACUUAGAAAAGCUAGCACUAACCGUGAUCCCAAUUUAUUAGCUAUUCCAGGUCCUUUUGCAGCAUCCAAACAUGUUAGUGGUUAUAUUGACAUGAACAAAUCUGAAAAACUAGAUGAAUAUGUUCCGAUGGAGGGUCAGAUUAAUAUCCGGAAUAACUCUGAUCCAAGCAGGUGUGAAGAAAAACAUAUAUUGAUCGAAACUUACAAGUGAUAGACUGAAGCACAGCCUUUCCUGUAUUGGUUUUUUUAA